UAGCCAUUCAUCUCCAUAUUCAUUGAUUACUAUCAUCACAGAGAGAAUGGAUUGUUCGAUAUGUAGCGCCAUGCCUUAUAAUCUGAGGCCUCCAAGGAACACCAUAUGCGUAGCUUGUUAUGAAGGUGCCAAAAGUAUUAUCGCCAUGACAAACAAGACCGAUGAUCAUAAGAUUUCUGGGAAAUUCUCUAGUGAUCCUUCGGUUCCUAAUUCUUCCAAGGGAUUUAUGAGUUCAUUGAAAUGGUUGAAAGAGAUGAAGAAGUUGGAAGAAGAAAGUAAUCAAAAGUUGGCCUUUUUAAGUGGAUUUAACGCUGCAUUUAUAGACCAAAUUCAUACGGAUAUUCUUAUAAAGCCCGGUGAUGAUGCUCCUUCCAUACCUGCACAUAGAGCAUUACUGGCAACACGGUCGAGUAUAUUCAGAAACAUGCUAGACUCGGAUGGAUGCAAAGCGGCACCAAAUGACACCAUCAGCCUCCUUGAACUAAGCCACGACGAAGUUGAAGCUUUAUUGGAAUUCCUUUAUAGUGGUGAUUUGGUCAAGGAAAAGCUAGAUAAACAUCUCUAUUCAUUAUCAAUCGCAGCAGACAAAUACGAGAUCACGUUUUUACAAAAAUACUGCGAGAACCGGAUGCUUGAGAUUCUCAACGCGAACAAUGCGCUGGACAUUUUAGAAGUAUCGGAUACUACUUGUAACCGCAACCUCAAGGAGACUGCAUUAAGUUUUGUUGUUAAAAACAUGGAGGAUAUAGUUUUUGCAUCCAGAUUUGAUGUGUUUGCACUCAAGAACCCCCAUUUGACGGUUCAAAUUACAAGGGCUUCCUUUAUGGAAAUUAAAAAUCGAAGAAGUGAUUUAUGAGCUUCAAAUAAUCCAGACGUGCACUAAUUCUAAAUAGUAAAUAUAUAUUUAUAUUCAGAGUCUGGGGUGCUUUAAUUUUUUGUA